AUUAGUCAUCCGGCAAAUGAGAGGCCGUCAGUUAGCACCUCAGCUAAUGAUAUAUAACAGUCUAAAUCUUUAUAUCAUAUAAUUAAAUUAUUAAAGUAAGUGGAGAACUCAGCGAAUCAAACAUGAUUAAAGCUAUCUUGAUUUUCAACAACCACGGGAAGCCGCGGCUGAUCAGAUUCUAUCAGUAUUUUGCGGAGGACAUGCAGCAGCAGAUCAUUCGAGAAACGUUCCAUUUGGUGUCUAAGAGAGACGACAAUGUCUGCAACUUCUUGGAGGGUGGGAGUCUCAUCGGGGGCUCAGACUACAAGCUGAUUUACCGACACUACGCGACCCUCUACUUCGUCUUCUGCGUGGACUCGUCUGAGAGUGAGCUUGGCAUUCUGGACCUCAUCCAGGUGUUCGUGGAGACGCUGGACAAAUGCUUUGAAAACGUCUGUGAACUGGACCUCAUAUUUCACAUGGACAAGGUCCAUUAUAUCCUGCAAGAAGUGGUGAUGGGGGGAAUGGUGCUAGAGACCAACAUGAAUGAGAUCGUAGCCCAGGUGGAAGUGCAGAACCGCAUGGAGAAGUCAGAGGGAGGUCUGUCGGCUGCACCUGCUCGAGCCGUGUCUGCUGUGAAGAACAUGAACCUGCCUGAGAUUCCCCGCAACAUCAACAUUGGAGACAUCAAUAUCAAAGUACCGAGCCUCUCCCCGUUCUAAACAGCAAUCCAGCUGAGCUCUGCAGGGCUGAUGUACUACUGACGGAGCUCCCCUCCACCCAGCUCUGCUGGAAAUAGAGAGAAAAGUGUUUUCAUAAAUGCAUCAUGGAACCACAGCAACUUAUUCUUCUCAUAUGAAUGAGAGAUGAGCCAUCAUAUUUUUGAGUUCUACUGAUCGCAGGUUACAGAUAACUUCAGAUGAAGGAUUUGCACAAUAAUGUAGAGGUUGAUCCCAAAAAGCACCAAUAGUCAUUUUACUGUCUGUGUAUUUUUGCUGUACUUUCUGCUUUUCUUUGCUCCGGUUGAUUUCCCAUUCUGUCCCAAUGAAAAAUGAUCGGUGUUGGACCCAUGUGUGUACUCUGGCACGCUCUUCUACAUCUCUGACAUUCAUCACCGGUCCUCCUGUCUAAAACAUUCCCCUUCUAGCUUUUGGACACUGCACAGUACUCUGUAAUAAAAUCCCCUGGCUUCUGUGUUGGACUGUAAUUACUCAAACACAUCUUUAACUCCUCUUCCAACUGUGUGUGUGUAAAGAGUGGGAUUAGACUCCUCUGCUUGGCUCUUGUCACAGUUUAUUUUUCCUUCUCUGUAACAUAGUGUGUCUCUGACAUCCUUGUGAUUUGUGAAUAACAUAAUUGUUCUCCUGGGUGCUGAUUGUGCACAGUGCAGCGAAUGUGAAUGCUGUUACAGCCGAGUUUUAAUGUGCUGUGUUAGGAUCUUGCCAACAUCUGUUUAAAGAAACUGCAGACUUACAAAGACCUUUUUUAUAUUUAAGUGUUUGUAUAAAGUGUUUGUGUCUCAUUGGCUGUAUAGGCCACAUAGAAUCAGAUAUUGUACGCCAGCUUUAUGUGUGAGAAACAUUCCUUGGCAAGUUAAAUUAAAGAUAUCAGAAUACAAA